GUGGAAAAUUUUCGGGAGUCAGCAGAAACAUUGUAUCCAAAAAAGACAAAGUCGCAGUUACAGCAGCGCCGAGGAGAUUGUCCCUGGAAAACUUCCUUUCGGUUUAUUCCCUUGAAGACUCCAGGCUUAGGCUUGGAGACCCCAGCCAUCACCAUUGAGCCCAGCAGCUGGAGCGGCAGCGAGAGUCCUGCCGAAGACAUUGAAAGGAUGAGUGAUUCUGCAGAUAAACCUAUUGACAACGAUGCAGAAGGUGUCUGGAGUCCUGACAUUGAACAGAGCUUUCAGGAGGCUCUAGCAAUCUAUCCACCGUGUGGGAGGAGGAAAAUCAUCUUAUCAGAUGAAGGCAAAAUGUAUGGUAGGAAUGAAUUGAUAGCCAGAUACAUCAAACUUAGAACAGGGAAGACACGGACCAGGAAGCAGGUGUCUAGUCACAUACAGGUCUUAGCAAGAAAGAAAGUUCGAGAAAUUCAAGCCGCCAUUAAGGUGUCUAGUCACAUUCAGGUUCUUGCCAGAAGGAAAUCUCGUGAUUUUCAUUCCAAGCUGAAGGUAACAAGCAUGGAUCAGACAGCAAAGGACAAAGCUCUCCAGCACAUGGCAGCAAUGUCAUCAGCUCAGAUAGUCUCAGCUACUGCUAUUCACAACAAGCUGGGCCUGCCAGGAAUUCCCCGUCCUACAUUUCCUGGGGCACCUGGGUUUUGGCCGGGGAUGAUCCAAACGGGGCAGCCUGGAUCCUCACAAGACGUCAAGCCAUUCGUUCAGCAGGCCUAUCCUAUACAGCCAUCAGUCACAGCUCCCAUUUCAGGCUUUGAGCCCACAUCAGCUCCAGCUCCCUCAGUCCCUGCGUGGCAGGGCCGAUCCAUUGGUACGACCAAGCUCAGGCUGGUGGAGUUUUCGGCUUUCCUUGAGCAGCAGAGAGAUCCUGAAUCAUACAAUAAACACCUCUUCGUGCACAUCGGACACGCCAACCAUUCUUACAGCGACCCCUUGCUCGAGUCGGUGGACAUUCGCCAGAUCUACGACAAAUUCCCCGAGAAGAAGGGCGGCCUGAAGGAGCUCUUUGGGAAGGGGCCUCAGAAUGCUUUCUUCCUGGUAAAAUUCUGGGCUGACUUAAACUGCAACAUCCAAGAUGAUACAGGAGCGUUCUACGGAGUCACCAGUCAGUACGAGAGCUCAGAAAACAUGACAAUCACCUGUUCCACCAAAGUCUGCUCAUUUGGAAAGCAAGUAGUAGAAAAAGUAGAGACUGAAUAUGCAAGGUUUGAGAACGGCCGGUUUGUGUACAGGAUAAACCGCUCUCCCAUGUGUGAAUACAUGAUCAACUUCAUCCACAAGCUGAAGCAUUUACCAGAGAAGUACAUGAUGAACAGCGUCUUGGAAAACUUCACAAUUUUAUUGGUGGUAACAAACAGGGAUACACAAGAAACCCUGCUCUGCAUGGCUUGUGUAUUCGAAGUGUCGAACAGCGAACAUGGAGCACAGCAUCACAUCUACAGGCUUGUAAAGGACUGAGCAGUUAUUUAUAUAUACACUUCAUUUCACUUCUUUAUCAAAACACAGACUGUAAACCUCAACACUAAGUGGCAGUGCCUCUGGCCCAACUUUCACCCACAUUUUUCUAAAUCCUGUUUUAGUGAAGUCAUUUUUAAUGUGUUCAUAUAUAAUUGUAGCUGUGAAAUUCUGGUACAGUUGUAAAAAUUAUUUCUAAAACUAAGUGUUCUUCAAAAUUUGUAAACCACAGUUCUUUGGGAAGACUGUAUUUAAGAACCUAAUUGCCUCUGUCUGUGGAGGCCUAUUUUUAAUUCUGAUAGAAAAAUGUAUGACAGAGCAUUUGCCAUGGGGAAAAACUGACAGCAUUUAUAAGAAUUUAUUUUGGGUUUUUUUCCAACAUGAAAUACUUGUUUUACAAUGCAAGUGGAAUUGAAAUGAAUCUUUAGCUAUAACUGUAAAUGAGUACACAAAGUUAAUAAUCUCUAUAGAAUUAUCUUUGUAACUAAUUAGGGUGGAAGAUACGGACGAAUGUAAUUCACUAAAUUAUUUUUUAAAAUGAAACAUUUUUCUGUUUGAAACCAAAUGAAAAAUAUAGCCUUAAGAAAUGCCUGAUAGAAACAGACAGGUCCUAAAAUUAGGCAAAUUUUGUAUUUUUUUCUCAACGCUAAAACUAAUCUUCUAAUCCAUUAAACUUUCAAACAGGUAUUGCAGAGAAAGAAAGCAUCACCCCUUACCCCUAACAUAUCUAGUGUAUUUUAAAAGAGUAUAAAGUUGUAUUGUACUAAUAUGAAAAUUUGAUUAUUUAAUGAAAAAGAUGGCUCAUUUUGCAAUAAGUAGGUAAAUACUGAAGAUUUAGACUUGCAUUAUAUGUAGUCUCGUGUGUGCAGUUAUAUUUUAUAUGGACAACUGUGUUUUCUAAUAAGUUGAGCUAAAAACUUGCGACUCUGAAAUCCAGAGAUGAACGGAAACAGCUGAGAUUGCGACAGCAUCGAGUCAUUCGCAAACAGAGAGCAAAAACACUGAUGUGUCUGAAAGAAAAGUGUGUACACCUCUGAAAGGAUCAGCAGCUUUAAUAUCCGCGAGGCGCUAGGAAAUCACAACCAACAUCGGGCAGAGGAGAUGGGAAAGUGGAGAAUUUGAUUUUGUUUUUGUUCUCCUUUUCCUGUUAACCACGGUGCUCUUACACCUCUCCCAGUUGUGUCCCCAGGUCUGGCAAAGACCUUAUCCUCACACCUACCUACCAGGUGGGGUUCUGCUGUGCUCUUGGAUGUGGUGGUGUUGACCCUUCUGAGAAAUUCAGGGAAGAAUGCAGGAAGGGAAGCACAGCUGGAGAUGUUUUAAUCCUGUCAGGCCUGGCGCUGCAGGUGUGAGUGAGAGCAGCAGUCUCACCCCUCCUGGUCAGGACAGAGGCUGUUGCUCAGCUCCUCUCCUCCUGCUGCCCCUGGUUCCCCGAGCAGAAGUUGUUUGGGCAGGUGCUGGGCCAGCAGAGGCUUCUUGGGCAAAGCGUUUGUCUGAAAGGUGAGGGCUGCCCGGCCGAGCACCAGCCACCUUAGGGAUCAGUGAUGAGUUACCAGCAGAGAGGGUUUUCAGGAGAGUCUUUUGCAGUCCAUGUUUAGCAGGCCCCUCCUCUGUGCCCCAUUUGAUCCAUGCCUGUACCUUCUCCUCGUUACCAAAAGUUGAUGUGAUGCAAAACCAGCACAGUUCCCAUGCACAAUUUAAGCGUACAAUUUGCUCCUGGGCCCGGUGCUGCAGUCUUCAAACAAGCAAGUCUAACUUUUCUCUUUAGAUUCUAGUCCUGCAUAGUGCUUUGUGUUGGAAUUGCCCACUGUGGGACUGUCUGGACUAGACUGGAGCCCAGGUGAGCUCGUGGGUCAGACCAGGGUUAUCCCCAACGCUGGUGAGGUCUCGGCUUCGAGAGGGUGCAGACACCACCAAGGGGAAGGGAGAUUGCUUUAAUCCCUUAGCCUGACCCCACUCCAUGAGGUUUGGAAGGUUUGGAUGGUUGCUGUGAUGUCUAGCUGCUACCUGCUCGUGGAUAUUAGGGCUGAUGACCUUUCAGUGGAUGCUCUGCGAAGUGAACAGAGAAACGCGUCCAUGGCAAGGUCUCUUUUAGCGCUCAUUUUUAACACUAACGAUCACAUCAGGAAAAGCACUGCAUUGUAACAGCCUAACGGUAGCCCUUUAUUCUAAGCACUUGGUGUUACAAGUCAAAAACUACUUUUUGGUUUUUGUUCUAAAGUUGUCUUUUAUUUAGGGUUUGAAUUGUGGGUUUGGUGAUUUAUUUUUUAUUUUAUUUUAUUUUUGUUUUUUAAGUAACAAGCAAACUCUUUAAGGCAUAUAAAGUACGUAAGUCAAUUUGCAAAACCAGGUACAGUUUUUUUUUUUGUAGUAGGAUCUGGCACACUACACAUGCCAUAACUAUAGGGUAUAAACAGUCACAAUGUUUAUUGGUGUUCACAUAUGUAAUGUUAGGGAAAUUACUUCCAUCGUCUUUUCUUUACACUUCUGUAAAUGAUCCGUACCCUGUAUAUGUUAAUUCUUAAAAGCCUUAAUCCUUCAACUGUUGAGUGUGGGGUGUGUAGUCCAACAGGCUGCCUGUAAACUGUGAGCUCUUUUGUAAGCUGGAAGUACUUAUCUUGUUACUGUUACUUUUUUGUAGGAACCUUUUAAUUGAGAGCUGCCAAAGCAUUACAAUAUGCAGUGCCUUAGCAUUAUAUUAGAAGUACCUUUUAGCCUCUUAACGUUAAAUUUUAUACAUUGUUUUAUGAAUUGGUUCCAUUUUUAGAAUCCCCCUAUUUUUCCCUGCAGAAACGCUCUUUGACUGCCUGGUGUAAGGCAGCUGUGUGUACAAGUCAGUCCCAUUGCAGUGAGAUGCCUAUACCAAAAGGAAAGGUUUUACAGAUCCCUAGCUCUCCGUGAAAAGUGAAUUGUAUUAACGAAUGCUGCCUUUUUAAAUUUCAUGACCAAAUAAUUAAUUGUGACUCUUCUGCACUCUAGCAUGAAAGUGCCUUUGGUUUGAAAUUCCAGCUUAGAAAAGUGCUGCCAUAAUAAUGACAAUUUGUAGAGAGACCAAAAAUAUUUAGUUAUCACCGUAAUGCCUUUGGUUUAUUGGAAUAAGUUGAAUCUACAGGCCUCCAUUCACAACAGAGCACCAUUCAUAGCAAAUAGGAUUUUGCUAAUGAUCAGCCUGCUGAAGAAAAAAAAAUCUACUGUUUGCCAUUUCUGACAGCAUUGCAAACCAGCAACUGAUUCGUCUGUGAUAUAAAAAUGAAAAUAUUCCCAUUAAUAUUCUCUUCAACCGGUCGCGCACCUGCAUCGUGAGAGAUCCGUAUCCUACAGAGUUUCAGUGGACAAACGUUGCUUCAUCGAUCUCCUCUAACAGUAUUUUGGUGUCUGUGAGGAUUCUUUGCUUAGACAGAAGAAGUUUUGUUUACAAAGCUGUGCACGCUGAAGGUCAGAUGCGAACAACCAGAGGAAGGUGGAGAGCUGAGCAUAGCGAGGGUGAAUGCAAUCGUGUGGGUUUAAGCACGGAGAUGUUUGUUGGGUGUGAGCCUUGUGGAUGAAGGUGCUGCUGGGGAAACUCUGGCCAGCACGACUCAAAACACAGGGUGGCUUUGUUUUCCUCCCAGAUGGUGUCUUGGAAAAUAAAAAAGAAAAAGAAAAGAAAAAGGAAAAAAAAAAAAAGUUAUCUCCUCUUAAUAACGUGUCUGUAUUUGAUACCUUCUGUGAACGGGGGCCAUACUCUCCACCACAACUGAAAUCAAUGGGAAGAGGAGCAACGUCCUAACAAUUAUAGAAAGAACAAAUAUCAGCAAAACCAAAAGCUGUCAGAGGGAUUAUAUAGUUGUGAAUACAAUGUUAACUUGAUUUUUAAAGUAUUUGAUGAAAACUAAGAUUAACUUUUUAUAUAGAGAAAUAUUGUGACACUGUGUGGUAAAUAUUGUGAUAAUUCAAAUUCCCUUUCUCUAAAAUAUUAUUUUUGUUAUUCCUUCAAGGUCUAAAUCUCACUUACCUCUGUAAGACAAGUAAUCCUGUUGAACUCAAUGAGACUGAGGUGGGGAAAAGACACUUUUGGCCCACAAGCAGAACAUACUUUUCCAGUUACUGCCAGACUUUUUGGCUGUAGUAGUCAGUGUUGGUGAUAAACUACACCUCUGUCUCAUUCAAACGAGCAUAAUGGUACCAUUUGGGGCUGUUAAAAAUCACUACUAACAAACGUAGUUUUACUUACUUGAAUUCCAAACUGAUUUUGUUUAGGUACUGCACCACUAUUUUGAAGGAAUCGCAGAUCCAAUGCCUGUUCCUCACUUUCCCUCUCCACCACAGCUACAGCUCAGCUCGGCAGUAGCUUGUCCCCCGGGAUGGGCUCUGGGAAUAAUGAAGGGUGUACAUUGAUGUUGAAUGUAAGUACCUGGCCGCUCCGAGGCGGAUACCACAUUUGACGCGCUAAUCCGUAUCUAUUUAUUUUUCCACUGCGAGUCCCGGGGCGUGCCUGCUGCCUGCAGCAGUGCCCCUGGGAGCUCCCUGGAGCCCUCAGCCAGUCACACUGAGAGCCCUGGGGUUGUCCCCCCUUUCCUUUUCCCACGAGGAUACACGUGCCCGGGCACAGGCGGAUGUGAGGAGUAGAGCCCGGCUUUGUCCUUUGCUCAGGAUGAUCUCCUUUCCCCCUCUUAUCUUUCAUAACCAGAUGUUUAGCCCCCCCCCCCUUUCCCCCCCAAGAAAGAUUGAGGCUGGAGAAGUCAAAGUACAAGAAACACUCUGGACAUCUUCAUCUUUUAACUUUUCAGGUCAUUCUUACUGAGAUCAUGUAAUUAGUUUUAGUGUGUAAAUUAAAUCUUAAAUGCACUCGGUUGACUAAAAGGAGAUGGAUCCCUGUUACCUCCUUACAGAAUAUGUGUUUUUGUUUUUGUUUUGUUUUGUUUUAUGGGCCUCUGAUUCAGGCUCAUGACUGCAGACAAAAAAUACAAUAUGUGCCUGAAAAAAAAAAAAAAAAAAGACAAAAGAAUUUUAUAACAUUGAAAACCUGAAUAGCCUUUAAUUCUUCAGUACAUUUUAUGUAAAACAGGUUGGGUUUUUUGUUUUGUUUUGGGGUUUUUUUGCCAUGUGCAUUUGUUCACAUUUGUAAAUGACUUAAUGGAAUUCUCACUUUAUGUUUAUUUGUGUAAUGUGUAUAAAAUGGGUUUGUGACUUAAGCAUAUUCAUAUAUGGUCAGUGGUUACUUUAAUAUUGUACUGCUGCUGGUAACUUUUGAUGUAGAACUUGCCUUUUGAUGAUAAAGUACCUCUAGGUUAGACAGUGAGGGAAGGCUCUUGGAAAAAAAACUGAAUGUUCUCCAAUGUUUUCUUAACAUAUUUGCAGAAGCUUUCAAAAGGAGUUUCAGUCAAACCUCUUGGCAGUACAGUAUUCUUGUAUUUGUUAUUGUCUGUGUGUAGGUACUGGUACCUUUUUUUUUUUUUUUUUUUUGUUUAAAAUGUUUUAAGUGUUGGCUUUAAAGUGAAUUUAUCUUUAGUAUGAUAGUAAGAUGAAAAUUAUAGGUUUUGUGUGCAGAGAAUUUUUUUAUAAAGUGCUUUGUAAAAAAAAAAAAAAUGUAUUCUAGCUUUCGCGGUACAUAUGUGUGAUAACUUUAAUAUCCAUGACAGUUAAGUGCAAUUAUUUCAUCACUCUAAAAAUGCUAUUUUUGUGUCGGUUACUGCAGGUGUUUUCAUGUCUUUGCAAAGUGACACAUUUUGAUGCCUUCUUGAUAAAGUGGUAGAAUUUUUGUAGCUUUCUAGAAACUUUGUAUUCAUACAGUAUCAAUUGAAAAUAAAGAAAAUGAAAGUGUUUUGUGCA